CUAUCACAUGCAUUAAAACAAAAUACCACACCGUUAAAUUUAAACAUGGUCUCAAAUUUUAUUAAGACUACAUUGUCUUAAUAACAUAUUUUACAUGUGGUUCUGUAUUUUAAAAUGAGCGAUAUAUCUGGGAGUGAGUAUAACUUACAUUUACUUUGUGUUACGGCUACUUACUGAACCACAUCGCGACCAGCAAUCACAACAAAGAUGCGAGAUGAAAAUACCAAGAAAAGCAAAGCUUUCAGUUUACUAAUGACAAAAGCGAUAAAACUUUAUAGGAUACGAUAAGGCGGAGGUGUUUUUAACUUUAUAUUUGCUGUUUUAUAUUUGAGGUGUUUUUAAGCAGUAAAUUUCAGUGUUUAAUGGACGGCGGGACACGUGUGGUUAUACGGCCGGUUUGCUCUUACGCCGAGUCUUAGAGAAACACUUUCACACUGCAGAUACCGACUGUAUGAAAACUUCACCGACCACAAUUGUCUAGGUAAAAAACACAUUGUUUACUGGCAGAUGAUGCAACGCCUGGACUCGCAAGACACGACGGCAGCACAGGCCGUAGUUACGCUGCUGAAUAUAUAACCGCUGACCAGGCUGCAACAAAAUAUGUUCCGUCACCUAUCAGUCUAACCCCGUUUGCAAGUGAUUACAGAUGCAGCCGAAACAGACAGGUAGCCUUGGUUAAACGGGAAAAACACGGAGUUGCUGAAAUACGAAUAAAAUGCAUCCUCAAAAACAAAGUUUACUACGAGAGGCGUCACACCAGAUCAUUGCCGGUGGAUCAGCGGGUCUGGUGGAGAUUUGCCUCAUGCACCCGCUGGACGUGGUAAAGACUAGAUUUCAGAUUCAAAGAGGAGCCAGUGACCCCCACAGCUACAAGAGCCUAGGAGACUGCUUCAGAACCAUAUUUCGCAGUGAGGGGCUAUAUGGCUUCUACAAAGGCAUCUUGCCCCCAAUCCUCGCUGAGACCCCAAAGAGAGCAGUUAAGUUCUUCACCUUUGAGCAAUAUAAGAAGCUGCUUGGGUUCACAUCAUUGUCUCCUGGUCUGGCAUUGUCGGUGGCGGGGCUGGGCUCAGGCCUAACUGAGGCCUUGGUGGUCAAUCCGUUUGAGGUGGUCAAGGUCAGUCUGCAGGCCAACAGAGACUCCUUCAAAGAGCAACCCUCCACGUUCACCCAGGCUCGUAGCAUCAUCAAUGCUGGCGGAUUCGGCCUGCAAGGGCUCAACAAGGGGCUGACCUCCACUUUGGGUCGUCAUGGCGUCUUCAAUAUGAUCUACUUUGGCUUCUACUUCAAUGUUAAGGACGCCAUCCCUGCAAACCAGGAUCCGGUGUUGGAAUUCCUGCGAAAGUUUGCCAUUGGCCUGACCUCAGGGACCAUUUCCUCAUGUAUGAACAUACCGUUUGAUGUGGCCAAGAGUCGCAUCCAGGGUCCUCAGCCAGUCCCAGGUGAAGUCAAGUACCGGACCUGCUUUCAGACCAUGGGCCUCAUCUGCCGGGAAGAGGGAUACUUGGCAUUGUACAAAGGGUUGGUGCCCAAGAUAAUGCGACUUGGACCAGGUGGAGCCGUAAUGCUCCUGGUCUAUGAACAUGUGUCUGGAUGGCUGCAAAGAAACUGGUGAAGAAAGGUCCACUCUUCAGGCGCUGUUCCUGGCGACGAGGACGUUACCUCUCAAGCACGGAGUAAGCUGCGCGCGCCAAGGUCAGCGUCCAGCCAGCUGGGACCAGGAGGCGCCCCUGGGUGCCGCGCCGAUGAGAUCAGGUAGGGGUCAGGGGACAUGCGCUGUUUGUCUCAUGUAACGUGUCAGAUUUUAUUUAUUGUUGCAUUCUGCCCUUUUUUGAUACAAUUUUUACCAAUUCCACCUCUCUUCAAAAACCUAUACAUGUUAAUUAUACCUUAUAAUCCAUUUAAUUGUAAACGCAAAAUUGAACAGUAUUUGAUUACUGUUUACUUGUCACUUUAAUUAACCCUAUGCCCCUAUGCAUGCAUAUACACGACUGCUUUGUCUGUUACCUUCAGAUGGUCUAUUGCAAUUGUACUAAGGAAUUUCCAUUCUUAAUUUUAAGUAAACUAAUCAUGGAUUCUAGAGACGUCUAUUUUGAACUGUGUUGUAAUAUUGACUUUAAUGUGCAAGCAGUCGAAGUAACUAUGGUACCAUCGACGUUAUUUCAGAUUUUGUUCCCUCCUUUCAAUUCCAUGUAAUCCCUAAGAUUUUAAUUGCACUUGAUCCUGUGGACUCAGAAUGCAGCAUAAACUCGUUUAAAGUAUAUAUGCUUUUCCACUCUAUGAGCUACAGUCACGAUAUCCUUAUACUUCAUAUUAAGUUUUUGUGUAGGAACACUUGGUUUUUCCAAAACUCUCCAAACAACAAAUGCUUCUAGUCCUGAAACACACCAAUAAGUGAUUACUGAAAUAUAGUUUGAUCAUACAAAAUGAAAUCCUUUCUGAACUCUCUAUGAAGUCAGUAUCCCAUUUAAAUAUAUAAUGAUUAAGUCUUUUAAAUUCAAGUAUUUAAAUUCGGUGGCAUCCCAACACAGUUAGGAAAAAAACAACAUGUAUUUUGGAUUUUUUUCCACUUCAUUCCUUUCAAAAAGUAACAAUACAUUUAGCCUCAUUGUAUUUUUUUAUUUAAAAAUAUUUUAUUUGUCAAAAAGGUGUUCCCAACCACUAUUUG